AAUGGCAGGCACUGUUCUAGUUGUGCCCGCGGAAAGUCAAAGGCCGUUUGGAAACAUUUUUCCCCUAAUGUUUCGAAAUUAUUUCCUUCAAAUUAAAGUGGCAGUUUUUCCUCCUGGUGUGGUCGGGCAGUGGAGUUGGUGGCGUUUGGCGCUCUAACGCCGCGAUAGUUGCGUGUGUUCUUAUGAUCGGUUUUAUUUAUUCCGAAGGAGGUUGAGAGGGGGAGGGUGGGGGGGAGGAGGGAGGAAAAUUUCCGGCCGGGAUCGGAGUGGUGCGGAUUGAGGUCUGAAAACAUUCGGCUGGGCCCCGGGGUGGCUCUGUGAAUGGGAGUACGCGACCUGGGACUCGCGUGACGAGACGGGCCACACUGGACCGACCACUGUCAUCAAAGCUGGUGCAUUCCUCUAUUGGAGCAAACAAAUGCCGUGGUGGAGAACUAUGGAAUCAACUGUCGAUGAUGAUGCAAUAGAUGCUUGAAUGAGGUGACAGCCUAGGGAAGGAGGAACGAUGCCCAAGGGUGGGUGUUCUAAAACACCACAGUCGGAAGAUUAUCCGCUCAGCAUCGAUAUGGUUGAGAAACAAUCAGGGAAGAAGGAUAAGGAAAAAAUCUCAUGUAACAAGACUCCAAAGUUGGACAGGAGUGAUGGAGGGAAGGAGGUGAAAGAGAAGGCAUCAAAGAGGAAACUGCCUUUUACUAUUGGGGUUAACAGCUGUGAUCAGAAGGACUCGGACACUGAGAAGCAAGGUCCGGAGCGGAAACGAGUGAAGAAGGAGGCUGGAGCCAGAAGGUCUGGAUUGUUUGGGGCAGGAAUUAGAGCAGGCUGUCCACUCUCAGAACGGCAACAAGUUGCUUUGCUGAUGCAAAUGACGGCAGAAGAAUCAGCAAAUAGUCCAGAUCGUACCCCAAAGCACCCCUCGCAGUCGAUUUUUGGACAAAAGAGAACACCAAGUUCUGCCUCCAAAACCAAAGACAAAGUAAAUAAGAGAAAUGAGCGUGGAGAGACACGACUUCAUCGAGCUGCCAUUCGUGGAGAUGCACGUCGCAUAAAGGAACUCAUAAGUGAAGGUGCAGAUGUAAAUGUGAAAGACUUUGCAGGUUGGACUGCUCUGCAUGAAGCAUGUAAUAGGGGUUACUAUGAUGUUGCUAAGCAACUCCUUGCAGCAGGUGCUGAGGUCAAUACAAAAGGCUUAGAUGAUGAUGCACCUCUCCAUGAUGCAGCUAACAAUGGUCACCGCAAGGUAGUAAAGUUGCUGUUGAAAUAUGGAGGGAAUCCCCAUCAGAGUAACAGAAAAGGAGAGACACCACUCAAAAUUGCUAAUUCCCCAACAAUGGUGAACUUGUUAUUGGGGAAGGGUUCCUGCAGCUCCAGUGAUGAAAGUUCAACAGAAACUUCUGAAGAUGAAGAUGCUCCCUCAGUUGCUCCCUCCAGUUCAAUUGAUGGUAAUAAUACAGACUCUGAAUUUGAGAAAGGCCUAAGACACAAAAUCAAGCGACAAGAGUUAUCUAAAACAGUUACACCAGUAAAGGAUGAGUAUGAAUUUGAUGAGGAUGAUGAGGAAGAUAGAGUACCACCUGUUGACGACAAACAUUUGCUGAAAAAAGAUUAUAGAAAGGACCUAAAACAGAACAAUUGCAUUUCUAUUCCUAAAUUAGAGACAAAAACUUACUCUAAAAAUUCCCUUCUAACACCAAAGAAAGCUCCACGACGUAUUUUAUCUGACACCAACAGUUCAGAUGAAGAGGAUAGAUUAAUAAGCUUCUCUCCUCCUCUUACCAGGCCUUCAGUGCACUCCAGUCUGCCUGUUGCAAGCUCUAAGCAAAGGGAGUCGCCAAUAAAAAAACAGCAAAAAGAAAAAACUAAAAUGAAAAAAAAGUGGAAAAAAGAUAUGAAAAGCAAAGAAGGUAGAUUGGGUAAGAAUGAAGACCAAUUUAAUUCAUCUGCAACGGACAGCAAUGAUUCAGAAAGUGAGGAGGAGGAUAAGGGAUUAAUACAGAGUGGACUUGGCAUGAAGGACUCUUAUAUGAGCUUGAAAGAAUCGACAAUGUUCUCUUCAUUGUCUGCAUCCUGUUCUUCCUCCCAAGGGAGCUAUGCAUCAUCAAAACAUAUUCCCAGUCUUGCACGGCAACACUCUAAACCCUGGCGAGCUGAUGGUUGGAAAUCAAACAUGUCUCCGGUCUGGUCAGAUGUGAGUUCUUUGUCAGAUUCUGUAAGAACACGACUGACAAGUGAAUCUGACUAUUCUUCAGAAGAUUCCAGUUUGGAGUCUGUUAAACAAGUUAAAGAGAAAAGAGAUCAUAAAAAGAAAAGUCUUGUUGAUGGAGAUGAAACAGAGAAGAGAAUGGCUGAAGACAUCUUCAAGAUUUUGAAUGCUGAUGAAAUAGUUCAGAAAUUUGAUAAGCAAGGCAAAGUUGUUAAAAAACAUAAAAUGAAGCACAAGCACAAAAUGAAAGACAAGGAAAAGGGAAGAUCUCAUAACAUCCUGACAGACAGUGAUAAGUUUUCAAAAUCUUUGAAUCUAGAAUCUGAUGAGUUUAAACCAAAAGUAGAAAAAUCUUUAAAUACAGAAACUGAAAACCUUUCAAUUGACAGAGUAAAAAUAGUAAAACAUGAUAAAGAGCAAUUAAAAAAGGAAGAAAAGGAAAAACCUUUUAAAUUCAAAUCUGAAGAAAGAGACUGGUUGCUCAAAGAUGAAGAAGGGAAAGCUUGUAAAGAAGACAAGUUAAAGAAAAUCAAAGACCUCUCCAAAGAUAAUUUUAAGUGUGUAAAAGAAGAAAAAGAUAAAAUGUUCAAAGCAAAUAAAGAAAAACCCUUUAAAGGGAAACCUUCUAAGGAAGAAAAGUUUAAAAUCCAGAAAGAUGAUAAGAGAAAGAUAAAGGACAAAUCUUUGAAGGCUGAGAAACAUUUGAAACAAGACAAAGAAAAGUCUGCAAAAGAUGACAAGGAAAAACUAAGAAAAGAUAAAGUUCACAAAGACGAAUCUGAUUAUGAGGUUCCAAAAAUUAAGAGUCACUUUCUAGACAGUGAUGAUAGGUUUAGUGUAUCUGAUCAUGAAGAAAAAUGGUUUUCCGAUUUAUCUUCCAAUUCAUCUGUAUAUGAUGUAAAAGGGGAAACAAACUGGGGUCUUACAGUUAAAGAUUUGAAAGAACACAAAGAUGGCACAACAGGAAAACAAGCUAUUGAAGCUAUUAAGGAAGAAUAUAAGGACAAGAAAAAAGAAUCCAAGUUGAAAGAUAAGCGAGAACUAAAUGAAAAGCGCUAUGAUAAAGACUGCUUAAGAAAGAAAGAUCGUGAGUAUGUAGAUAAAAGUGUAGAGAAGAAAAAAGAAGAAUUUGAUAAACAUAAACUUGGGCAGGGCUGUUUUCUGGAUAAGGAGAAAAGGAAGAAAGACUCUCUUGAAACUGUUAAAGAUAGAAAAGAUAAAGAUACGAUUGAAAAUAUUAAAGAGCGAAAAGAUACUGUUUGUGAUUUCAGUAAGGAAAGGAAAGACUUGAAGGGAAAGGCCGAUGAUGUCUCCAAAACAGAUGCAAAAGAGUGUGGAAAUGAAAGUUUCUUCAAGGAGAAGUUCGAAAGUGAUUUCAGUGGAAGGACCUUGGAAGCAAGGGAGAGGCAUUAUUCAGGAAAAGAGAAGGAAAAAAAGGAUGGAACUGAAAGGAAGGAAAAGAUCAAAAUUGAAAAGUGCAAAGAAAAGUCUAAGGAUAGAGCUUCAGUUGAAUUUGAAAAAGAAAAAAAUGAGAAGAGCCUGACUGAUAAAUUUUUAAAGGAAAAAGAUGCCGAUAAAGAAAAACUUUUCAGAGAACUGAGUGGUUUGAAAGAUAAAAAGGAACAAAAGGAAAAGAGCAAAGAUAUUUUCAGCCGAGACAAGGACAGAAAAAUGUCAUCAGAAUUCAGUAAAGAAAAGAGAGACAAAAAUGCAAUGGAAAAACAUAUAGAAAAAGAUAAAGACUUUACAGAAAAAAGGGAGAAAGAGAAAACAGAUAAACAUAAAGGAGUUGAUAUAGAACUUGGUAAGGAAAUGAGUUGGCACAGCAUAGCAAAUGACAUCUUCACUGAUGAAAGUGGUGAUGAGUUAGAUUAUUGUGACAGAGAUCUAGGGAAUAUUGAUAUGUGUAGAGCUGACCUACUCCCUGACAAAGAGGAGACAAAAGCAGAAAAGGAAUUGGUUCCCCAUGAGAAACAUAGAAAAUACCCGGCUGAUAAACAACAUUCAGCAGAGAAACCAAGAGAGAAAGAAUUCAAAGAUAAGAAAAAGGAUAAACUAUUGUUAGAUUGUGGGAAAGAUAAGAGGGAAAAAUGUUUGCAUGAGAAACAUAAAGAAAAGAAAGAUAAGGAAUCAGUUGAUAAAUUUAAAGAAAAAAAGGACAAAGUGUUAACAGAUUUAAACCUAGAAAAGAAAGUUAAGCCAAAGUUUCCCGAAAAGUUAGAAAAGCAGCACUCAAGUGAUGAGAAGUUGAAUGGCAAGCCAAAAGAAAAAACUGAUAAAGAACUUGUAAUAAAAGAAAGGAGGCUAUCAAAGGGAAUUCCAAUAGAAGAAGAGAAGAAAUGCUCAGAAAAACUACAAAAUUCAACUUUUAAUGAUUUUAAAGAGGAUUCCAAUGAUAAGACCAGUGAAGUUUCAUCAGACAGCUUUAUAGAGCAAGCUCAUGAUUCCACGGUGUGCAGUUUAAAUGAUGUUUUGAAUGUUGGUCAAGACAAUGCAGAGGAAAAGUUAAAAGAUUCUCUUAAUACCUUGUAUUCACAAGAAAAAUGCAAAGAAAAGGAGAGAAACAGACACCUAUCAUCAUCAUCAAGAAAAAAUGAGAGAGACAAGGUGAAGAAAGAAAAGCGGGAUAAGUCAGAAGAAUUGAAAGAAGCUUCAGGUAAACGGGAGGGUCCAGUGUUUGACCAAGAGCCUUUGAUGUCAGAUGUAGAUUGCUUAAGUCACUUUUUAAAAGUUGAAAAGGAUGAUGAAUUAGACAAAAGUGGAGAUGCUGCUUUAAGUGACAAGAGGGAUAAGAAUGAAACUGAAAAGGAAUUAUCAAAAAAAAUAGAGAAGGUCUGCGGUGUUUUCAUUGGUGUCAAGGAGAGGGAGAAAGACAAGAAAAAGAAAGACAAACAUAAGGAUAAAUCAAAAGAUGACAAAGAAAAGUACAAGGAAAAACAUGGAGAGUCAACCCUGGUGUUCAAGCAUUCUAAAGACGAACAUAAAUCUGGCCUCAAAGACUCUCUUCCUAUUGUUAGGGAGUUGGGUGGAAACAAAGAUAAAGCAAAAGAUGAUUGUUCAAAAAAUACUGAAGUCAAGCAAAAGGAAAAAAUCAAGGAGACUUCAGAAAAGGACAAAAAUGAAUCCUUCAAGAUUAAAACCACUGAAAAUGAUAAGCUACACCAAAGUAAAGAAAUAUUACGUAAGGACAGCAGACCUAAGGAAAAGCUUCUGGGUGAUGGAGACUUGAUGAUGACCAGUUUUGAACGUAUGCUGAGCCAAAAAGAUCUAGAAAUUGAAGAGCGCCAUAAAAGACAUAAAGAGCGAAUGAAAUUGAAGGAGAAGAUGAGGCACAGGUCAGGAGAUCCCAAGUUGAGAGAGAAAGUCCGAAGUACAGAGGAAAUGCGUAAGAAGAAUUUUGACUUUUUGGCAAAAAAAAGUUCGCUUGAUUCUCAACAAAAAGACAAAAAGCUGAAGGAUCAAGGACCAGGACAAACUAUGUCUUUGGAUGCAAAUCCAAAGAUACAGCCAGUCACUUGUCCUGAUGUAAAAGAUUGGCUUUCAACUCCUGGACUGAAAACAAAUAUGCCUGCUUCGCCAAGAUCUGAUCAAGAUAGGCCAACAGGUGUUCCAAAGAUGAUUCCAUUGGUUUCUUGCCCAAGUUAUGAAGAUUUACUGCCCACACCACAUAUGCCUCACUGUGUGAAUGAGGAUUUUACUGAUCUGUUUGAAGGAAUAGAGUCCCAAAAUUCAGCAACCAUGUCAGCAGUAUCCAUGAAUGCCUGUUCCCCUACCUUUUUUGAUAGAUAUGUAAGCAUCCCCACAAGCAUUCAAAAUAGUACAAAUCAAACAACAACUAGCAACGUUCAAGUAUCCAGCCUCUUUCGAUCAGUGUCAAUGGAUACCAGAAGGCCACAAGAAGGAUUUGAUGUUAAUUCGGAGAAGUUCUUCAGGCAGCAAAGUGUGCCUGCGUCAGCAGAUUAUGAAACUUCUAUUCCACAGCCAAUGGAGGAAAAAACAGUUGUUCAUUCUGAGAAAUUCUCUGGUUUGUCACCAUGUGUUUCACCUGAGUAUGGAAUUUCCUCACCACAGCUGGAACCAUCUCAGUCCAGAGUUGCAAAGGCAUUCACUGAAAAUCUUACCCCUCCGCCUGAGAGUGUUCUUAAUCAUUUUCAUGCAAAAUCAUCACCAUCACAAAAACCUGAUCCACUGGAACCAUCUCUAGAUACCUUAGUCACUGAUUUUGCCUUGCCUUUAGAUUCUUCAGAGCAGCAACCAAAUACUACUUUGAUUUCUCCUAAUCCAGCUUUAAGUGCCAGCCUUGUGCCUACACUUGGAGACACAUUUACUUCCAAUGAUACAGCCCAGAAUAAGCUAAGUUAUCCAUCUUCCCCACACAGACCAAGUGAACAGAUAGUCCUCAGCCCAAUGAGUAAUUCUUUAGAACAUUCAGUGAAUUGGUCGAUGGGUUCUGAGUUACACCUGAAGUCACCACAAAGAUCUUUCAGUGAAACUACCAGGCCACUUUGUCCCCCGGACACUGUGCAUAAUGCAACUUUGCCAUUUGUUUCAUCUAUUUUGUCUCAUUUUCCUGAAUCCCCAGUCCAAUGUCCUGUAUCAGUCCCUGACACAGAGCAAGAUGAAAACAGGGGUGACAUGCCAGGAGGGGACCAAGGGGAAGAGUCUGUAGCAUUGGAUAACCCUGUUCCAUACAGGUCUCCAAUUAAAGCAAAUUCACCAUUUGAUACCUGCAAGCCACUUCCUGAUCAAUCCUGUACUGUGGCUCUAGAAAUGCACAACGUUGUAGUUGAAGACCAACAGGAACCAACUAAAGUUGCAGAAAAAUGUGAUGAACAGAAUAUUACUGCAAGACAACAAGACGAAUCUUUGCCAUGGACUGAUUCUUUUCCAGCUUCCAUAGAUGAUCUUGAUCUGGGGCCAUUUUCACUUCCUGUGCUGCCAUUACAAGACAAAGAUGACCCAGAUAUUGAAAUGACAGAACCUGAAUCUGAAGAGAGGACUAAGAUAAUUGAAGAAACUAGUGAUCCAGUGGUUACUAGCACAAGUACUGAAGAUACAGAUCAUGUUGCUGUACCAACAGGGGAAGAACAUGGUGCUAUCAGCGAGAUUCUAAAAGCAGUUCCUACAGCAGAGGAGGAUAAAAUUGAGGAUACUAUAGAAAACACCUCUUUAAGCCCUGAAGAGAUUGGAGAAAAGGAUAUUCAGCAAGUUUCAUCUCAACAUAGUGAAGCAAGUACAGAACUUGAAGAUAAACCUGCGGCAGUUACUUCUAAUUCAUUGGUGGAUGACAGCAAAGUGCUUGAAACUGCAGAAGCAACAUCUAAAUCCGUGAUCGAGGCAGCAAAGCCAAUCAAAGUAGAAGAGAUUCCUCAACGGAUCACAAGGAACCGAGCACAAAUGUUGGCUAAUCUAAAUAAGCAAAAUAACGCUGUUAGCUUAGAGAAGGAUACUGCUACUGCUCAGUUAGGAAAACCAAAAGGGCGCGUAGUGGAGGAGGAUGACUCGCAGGCACAGCAUCCACGCAAGAGAAAAAUCCCUCGUGGAAAUCAUCAGCCAAUGAUUCUCACCCCAUCAGCACAGCAGACUCGAGAAAUGAUUCAGCAAACUUUGGCAGCUAUUGUUGAUGCGAUUAAAUUAGAUGAUAUUGAACCAUACCACAGUGACAGAUCCAACCCUUAUUUUGAGUAUCUCCAAAUUCGUAAAAAGAUUGAGGAAAAGCGCAAAAUCUUGUGCUGUAUCAUCCCACAAGCGCCUCAGUGCUAUGCUGAAUAUGUCACCUACACUGGUUCCUAUUUGUUGGAUGGAAAGCCCCUGAGCAAACUCCAUAUUCCUGUGAUUGCACCACCUCCAUCUUUGUGUGAGCCUCUGAAAGAACUUUUCAGGCAGCAAGAAGCCGUGCGUGGGAAAUUGCGCCUUCAACAUAGUAUUGAAAGGGAGAAGCUAAUAGUUUCAUGUGAGCAAGAAAUUUUGCGAGUGCACUGUCGAGCAGCGAGAACAAUUGCAAACCAAGCAGUGCCAUUUAGUGCUUGCACAAUGUUGCUUGAUUCUGAAGUUUACAACAUGCCGUCAGAAAAUCAGGGAGAUGAAAAUAAGACAUCAGUGAGGGAUCGAUUUAAUGCCCGGCAGUUUAUUUCAUGGCUACAGGAUGUUGAUGAUAAAUAUGACAGAAUGAAGACAUGUUUACUAAUGCGGCAGCAGCAUGAAGCAGCUGCACUGAAUGCAGUACAACGUAUGGAAUGGCAGCUAAAAGUACAGGAGCUUGACCCAGCUGGACAUAAAUCUCUGUGUGUCACUGAGGUCCCUUCCUUCUAUGUGCCAAUGGUUGAUGUGAAUGAUGACUUUGUGCUUCUGCCAGCAUGACAGUGAUAGCAUGUGGUUUAUAACCAUUUGUGGCACAAGUGGGAUACCUCCCAAAGGAACAUUAUUUUGAGUUUUUUUCUUUAAAAUCCUUAAGUGCUGCUUGCUAAUGAUUCCCUGUUUCAUGAGGAGGAAGCAUCAUUGAAAUUAUAAUUGCACUUUUCACAGAUUUUAGAUAUCACUUCUGCAGGGAAGAAGGAUGUCAAGACAGGUCAGUGGUUCAGAUAUAAUAAAACUUAAGCAAUUAUAGCCUGCACACCAACUGGAAAGUCGCAGGCCAAAGGUUGUAUGCCCACGUUGAAGUGCAGAACAGUAGGACUCAACAUAACUGGUAACUGCCAUAUAGCAUUGCCCUUAAUCAUGUACUAUUUUGUUGCAAUAGAGAGGCAAUGACAAUUUAGUGGUGUAUGUUGGCAUUAACGAUUUUAGCUUCAAUUUAAAUAAUUAUUGGAAAAUAAGUAACAGUAUUGCACAUCUCUACUUUUGUCAGACUAGUUGAAUUGGUUGGGUGAUCAAAUGUGUACAGUGUGGUCAAACUUCAUCUUCAUUGAUCAGAAUUAUCAGGUCACAAGUUGGACUUUUAAGUGCAUUGUGAAUUGUUAUAGAUUUAAAGACGUAAACAGGUAAGAUUUUGGAACUUGUAGAUAAUUUGUUUUAGGGAAAAAAUAAUGUCCAGCCUAUUUAACCUGUCAUGGCUUUACAUGCACUCUGAAGUUCACGGUGAUUGUAUAAUACAAGCUCUGCGUGUUGGCUGCAAUUCUGUUACUGUUGUGAAUAAGAUCAACUCACAACGAGAAACCCUGUUGAAGCUUUUUAGUAGGGCCACUGAGUGUGUUUUAAUUCUUUUCUCUUUUCCUAUCUACCCUUUAAUUUUUGGGCAUUCAUUGCUUCUCUGGUAGAGAGCACCACUUGACACUAUAGAGCCAAUACUAAAUGGUUUUUUAAAAAUAAUUCCCUUAAAUCCUGUACAGUUUUUUAUAUACAUUAACCAGUGUACUGUGAUGGCAAUGGCUGCCUUUAGAUAAUUUAUUUUGCCACACAUUACUGCACAGUUGUAAAUAAAUACUCAUACUGUAAUAUCACUCUUCAGAGCUAAAUGUAUAGAAGAAAUCCUCAGAUGUACAGUUUUUUUUUAGAUGGCACUUUCAUUUCAAUUUGGGAAAAAAAUGGGCCAAAUUUGAAAAGCUCAUUGUUUUACUGGUUAACCUUGGAAAGUCACAUCUCCGCAGUGGAAGAAAUUUUUGUUAUGGCUGCAACAAAAUUUAUUCAGUUACUUCAAAUUUUACACUAAGUUGCAAGUGUGGAGUAGAUCUUUCAACUUUUUAUUAUUCAGCUGUGUGGUUUAUUUGCUAAAUAUUUUCAUGUUUACAUAAAGGUAAAACUGCUGCACAGUAAAUUUAAAAGGAAGCACUGAUUCUGAUUCAGUAUAUAAAUUAUUUUGACGACAAAUGCCAUGUUAGUCACCUGUGACAAGUAGGUAUUUGGCAUUUGAUAUGCUAGUUUUGCCUUUGAGAGGUAUAAAACAUCUGUUUUUUUAAUGCAUGCCCAACAGUAAAUUCAUCACUAGUAAAUAGAGCAUUUACUUUCCCACCUACUGAUAUUUACUGGACAAAGACUGAGAGAUCUGAAUACCAAUCCUAGUUAAAAUGCUGUUCAAGGCAAUGGAAAAUAUUCUUUUUCCUGUAAAUUUUAUUGAUACAUUAUCUCUAAGGAGAAUUAUUGUAAAAAAAAAUUAAUCAGAUCCAGUGCACAAUGUAUUUAGUAAAUUAGUAUAAACAUUCAAAGACAUUAUACUUGUUGGCAUCUACUGGAUAUUCGAACAUUAAACUGAUGCACAGUUUAAAAUACCUGAUGACAAAGUAAAUUUCUUCACAUCUUUUGACUUUUAUUGAAGACAACAUCAUCAUCUUACUCAGGGCAAAUAAUUUGUUCCCAUUCAAAUCUUCAAAUAAACUUCCAUUCUUCACACCUGUUAAUUUUUUGAUGGAAUUAUAUUGCCCAAAUAGCAAAUCUUAACCACACAACCAACUGCAAACUGUAAAAGUAGUGCUGCUACUGCACUGUAUUACAAUAGCUAUUGGCUGUUUUAUUACAGUCAUUUUAAUUAUUAUCUUUUUUUAAAUAGGGGAGCUAACGUUAUAUUCUGUGGGUUCAUGACUAUUUUUGAACUGUUUAAAAGUGUACCUAGACACCAGUUAUCCUUCAUAUAUUUAAAUUAAAUCUGUUCUUUUUAAAAUUUGUUUGAAUGAUUCUGAAUAUUUCAAGACUUGCCAAUUAUUUUAGUUUAUUCAAAGUGAAGUGUAGUACAUUGAAACAUUAUCAAUGCUACAUGUCACUGCAGUUUAAUCAUUCAGGUUUGCAGAAGACACAAUCUUCAAAGGUGCCUACGUUAUGGUGACUUAAUAUGGAACUGGUUAUUUUUGUUAAAGGUCUACAUUAAUGGAAAACUGAAAUGUAUUGAGUGCUGUGCACACUGGCUUUUUGGUAGUGCAGUAUUGUAAAUUCAAUCUUUUUAAUUUUACCAAGGGCAUUAUCUUAUUUCUUACUAUGAAAAUAGUACAAUUAUGUGUUUUGAACUACCUUAUUACUAUGAUGGCUCAAUGUUUUCCUUUUGUGAGACAUACAUAUGCAGAAUAUCCUUUAAUUGGUGCCUGGAAAUUAUUGAAAUUUUAUCCAGGUAAUUAUUAUUGAAUAGAAAAAUAAAUAUAAAAGUUUAGCAAAAAAAAUCUGUUUACACUAACCUCAGAGUCCGAUUCCUGUUCUGUACUGUAUUUUGAUUUGUACUUUUUUUGGAGAGUAAAUGUAUUGUAAAUCAGGCACAUGUUAUCUCUGUAAUGUUAGCAGUUGAACUGCGUGCAUUGUGUAUCGUUUUUGUCAACUGGAUCUUUGAAUGUAGGGCUCAAACAGUGGAGCUAUUGUAUCCAUAUUUAAAUACUAACAAGUGAAUGAUAAUCAACAGACUGACAGUUUAUUAAAAUAUCUUUCAUAGCAACUGGAUAGAGUGCAACUGAACUAAGUGUUGCUAGACUUCAGUUAAUAUUGGUCUGAUUGUGACAUUUCCUUAAGUUGAGGGAAACCUACUUAUCCCAGGAAAAUGUACCUCAAGUAUGUCUCCGUACAGUUAAUUGGUCAGUCCCAUAGUGUCAAACUUGGCAAAGUUUAGCUAUUUUAUGUAUACUUAAGUAUUUUUCCCCCAAAUGAUCUUUUGCUUUUGGAGGAGAUGGGUAUGUAUAAAAGAGUUAAUGGUUUAAUGUCUAAAAUUUAGUACAAUUUGCACCAUGCCCAUUACAAGUCUUCCCUUCUUAAAUAAACAGUUUAAUUGUUUGAAGCCUAUAUUAAAAACUGACAAAACUUGCCUAAGUCUACUGAGGUGACUCAUGACAGCCACUACUUUUUACAGGAACCUGAACUAGCUGCUUUAACGUGUUUCUCAAACACCUGAACUUUCCUACCAAGAAUGUUUUUUCCUCCCUCUGUCGAGUAACUGGUGUGCACUGUAUUCCAUUUUGGAAUUACCUAGCAAUUGUGGCAUUCUUAAAUCUGCAGUCUUUUAUGCCAUUGAUCUGUGAAUUUGUAGCUCAGAUAUUGCAUGCAAUGUCACAGUGCUUUAGGGAAUGCAUAAUGUCACUAUCACAUUAAUAUAUUUAGGGUUGGGCACGGAAUGAGAAUGAUGCAAGGUAACAAAAAAUAAUUAGACUUUUAUGCUAAUUACAAAAAUUGUUUGAGCCCUACUUAAUUACUAGAAAUGAUAUAUGUUCAUAAAGCAUGGAAAAUUAUUCCUUGCAGAGAUGUGCAAAAAGCUUGUGUUUCCUGUCAUGGUCACUCAGUUUUAAACAAUGGGUCUCUGUCAUGGUACUAUAUAGUAUCCUAUUACAAAAGGCAAUAUUCAGAAGUAUUUUACUAUUUUAUAUUGAUUUGUGAAAAGUAAAGUGAGAAAUACCACUAUCAUGUAUCUCAAUAGGACUAAACUUAAGUAUUAUUUUCUUUAUUCAUUACCUUAAUUUUUCCAUAAUUAUUAGCUAGCCCCUACAGACAAUAUAAUCUUAAAUGAAAAUUCAUGUCAUAUUUAUAUCCUUGCCUAUAACUGCAAGAUCACAUUUGAACUGAUUAUUUUUGACAUUUAAUACACAUGGAGCAUGCAUACUUUUGCAGUUGUUUAUUGUUGAAGAAUGGUUCCAGUCUUUGUAGGUGCAUAAACAUCAAUAAUAAGACUACAGAACAGCACUAAUUCUCUUGCAUUGCAGGAAGUUUGGUAAAUUAAACAUUUGGUAUAAAAUUAAGAAGCAAGGCGAAAAGAUUUUUGGUUGUAUUACUAUUACCAUCUUUCUACCAUUCCUGAUGGCCCCUUUUGACAUUUAAUGGAUCAUUAUGAAAAAUCUUUUAAACUUUCCAUAAUUAAACCUGUAAUAGUCCAAAACAACUAAUAUUUUUUCUGUAUUUAUAUAAGCAGCUUAAGUUUUGUAAAUGUGUGAAUUGCAGAGCCAUAUGUGUGUGUACGUAUCCUUCAAAACCAGCAAAUGUCACAGUUGUUAAUGUCACCUGUAGAAAAUGGCUAAACAGCUUUAGAUUUUUUUAAAGAUAUGUAAAAUUAGAACAUUAUGAUAUUCUUUACUUGGCCUCUCAAAGGUGGGACUUGGUUCCAAGCUUCAAGAACACUAAUAGAGUACUGGGAAAGUUUAAAAAGCCCAGCACUCUGUCAAUUACCCAGACUAAUAUUUUAAGGUGACCAACAAUGAUAGUCCAAAAAUUUUGCACACCUCUAACUAUAGGGCGAUAAAACUUUUUAUUUCUUAUUCUGAUACCUGUGGUAUAUGGAGUGAAGUCUCAGAUCUGUAAAUGUUCUUGCAUUUGUAUGAGACAUUGUACAUAACUGUAAAUAACAUUAAGAUCACACUCUCCUCUUUGUAAUAGUAAACUGUGUAGAAUGUUUUUUUUAAAAAUAGAAAGCAGUGGCAAACAUGCCAUCGGUGAUGUAACGAUGUAAUUUUUUUGUACAAUUUAGGUUACUUGUGUACAUAUUGUUUGGCAGUGCGCCACUGCAGUACUGUCACUAGCUGUAUGAGUUCUUGCAAAAACAAAUGUUAUUUUCUACAGUUGCAUGUACAGAGAGAAGAGAGAUACUGUUGUCCCUCAAAAAUUAUGUUCGUAAAUAAAUGAAAAUAAAUCAG